AUGCCUAGCUCGAUCUACUAUUUGUGCUCCCUCGCCCUUGCUGGCACUCUUGCCUCGGCGAGAACCAUUACCGUGAUGGUUGCCCAAGGUGGCUUGAACUUCACUCCAGGAACCAUUCGAGCCCAGACCGGAGACGAAGUUGCCUUCGUCUUCACCCGAGGUAACCAUGAUGUCACUCUUGGAGAAUUCGACCGACCCUGCCAGCCAGCUCCCAACGCAUUCUGGUCCGGCACAAUCACCAUUCCUUCUGGACUAAACGGCAACGCCACAUUCACCAUUCCCAUUAGAGAUACGGAGCCCAAGUGGAUCUACUGCAGCUUUGGCAGACAUUGCCAGAAUGGAAUGGUUGGCGUGAUUAACCCACCUAGCGAGGGCGACAACACUUUCGACGCCUACAAGAGCGCUGCCGAAGAAGCCCCAGAGAGCAACCGUCCCACAGCAAUCAACGGCGGAAGCUUGAUUGUCCGCGGUGACCUCGAGAUUCCCGGCUUCCCUGGUAACAGUGAGAGCAGCUCUACCGGUGCCCCAACUGGUUCUGCCACUAACUCUGCAACUGCCAGCGGAACCCCUCCUGCUACGCAAACUGGAAAUGCUGGUGCAACGAUCCAAACAAGCGGUGCUUUGGGCGCAGUUAUGGCCGGAUUGACUGUUGGCGCAGCCUGGUUUGGACUGAUCUAA